GAUGCGGGGAACUUUGGGUAGGACAGUCAAAGCGGCGGGAGAGUGACGCUUUUAUUAUCAAAUGUUAGGAAAGCUGCUUAUUCGGAACAUUACUUAAACACUUAGUGUGCAUUAGUCGUUUAAAAAAAAAAAGACUUCAGUUGGUAAAAUCACAAGUUCUUGGCAGAUAACAUUGUGGACACUGCCUGUGCUGCUGUGUUGUGAUUGUGUUGCUUUUAAAUCAAUCCCCAAGAAACUGGUUUAAACGUUUAUUUUGGUUAGCCUAAUUUUAGCACUCCGGCAACAAUGGCGAAGGUACAGGUGUUGAAUGUGGCUGUUCUGGAUAACCCGAGUCCAUUUGGAAACCCUUUUCAGUUUGAAAUAACGUUUGAAUGUAUGGAGGACCUCCCCGAAGACCUUGAAUGGAAGAUCAUCUAUGUUGGCUCAGCAGAAAGUGAAGAGUAUGACCAAAUCCUCGACUCUGUUCUGGUCGGGCCAGUACCUGCUGGGAGACACAUGUUUGUGUUUCAGGCUGAUGCCCCAGUCACAGGAUUGAUUCCUGAAAGUGAUGCUGUUGGUGUAACUGUAGUGCUGAUUACCUGCACAUAUCGUGGUCAGGAGUUCAUUCGCAUAGGUUACUAUGUGAACAAUGAAUACACAGACCCAGAACUUCGUGAAAAUCCUCCAAUCAAACCAGACUACACACAGCUCCAGAGAAAUAUUCUGGCAUCAAACCCACGUGUUACCAGAUUCCAUAUAAACUGGGAAGGCUGCACAGAGCGAAUGGAAGACACUGAAAACGUGGAUCCCACAUCGAACUCCAUGCUCCCUCCAUCCUGUCAUCCAGGCAAAGCCCCACCCUUGGGGAUACUACCAGAUAACUCCAUGGACUGCUUAUAGAAUUCACCCAAAAGACAAAAUGAAAGGUGAUGACUUGCAGCACAAGACUGUUUCUCUUUGAAGAUUGCCUGUGGACAUUCUAGUGUGGAUGUACAGACAUCUUAUGGCUGCCCUUAUUUCCCUGAAGCUUGUUGUCAAAAAUGAACUCUCACCUUGAGCUUCAGAUGAAUGUUUGUUCCAAGGAAGAUUAUGAACAUAUCAUUGGAUUUAUCAUCACUAAUAGCUGGGGAGUUCCUUUACCAUUAUACUGAACACAAUAUUGAAGUAGUUUAGCUCAUGGAAGGGAAAAUGGUAACUGCGAAACAAUGCAGCUGAACUGAAACAGCAGAAAGCUGUGGUGUUAUUCACCUUCUUUUUGUUGGUGCACAACUGAUUAUUUGUACCUGUCCAAAAGGAUUUCAGCACUGAAGCAAUAGGCAAAUAAAUUGCAAUAUGUUGCUGUACAGGAAUUUGAUAAUCUGACAUUAUAUUUGUGUUCAAAUUCCUUUUGCACUUAAAACCUGUUCCCACUUGGAUUAUGGAGUUUUGGAUUGGCUUUGUAUGAGCUUUAUCACUUUCUCCAUGUUUAUUUUUUUCUGUUUGCAAUUUUGUGUUACAAAUAAAAGGACAUUGUAUUUGUUAUCUGUG